GCUCAAGCUAAGAAUCCACCGCCGGCCCCGCACCAGUUUUGUCAUGGCAAUGUUUGCCCGUCGCUGUGCGGUGGCUGCGCCGCAAAGGCGGCAUUUCGCCGACGCCGCGCCCAAGGUGACGAGCAAGGUCUUCUUCGACAUGUCCGUCGGCUCAGAGAAGGCGGGGCGCAUCGUCAUGGGCCUCUACGGGGACGUGGUGCCCAAGACCGCCGAGAACUUCCGAGCGCUCUGCACCGGCGAGAAGGGCUUCGGCUUCAAGGACUCCGAGUUCCACAGGGUCAUCAAGAAGUUCAUGAUUCAAGGAGGAGACUUUACACGCGGCAAUGGCACAGGUGGCAAGUCCAUCUAUGGGAACAAGUUCCCCGAUGAGAACUUCAAGCUGAAGCACACUGGCCCCGGCGUGUUGUCCAUGGCCAACGCGGGGCCCAACACGAACGGCAGUCAGUUCUUCAUUUGCACCGUGGCUACGCCCCACCUGGACGGCAAACAUGUGGUCUUUGGCAACGUCGUGGAAGGCAUGGACGUGGUCAAGAAGAUCGAGGCUCUGGAAGGCACCCCGCCAAAGAAGGCCUGCAAAAUCGAGGAUUGCGGUGAGCUGCCAGUAGAGUGACCUACUGCUGGUGGAG